CACACUGGUUGGCUCGAACGUUCGUAAAAAAAACUGUUGAAAAUAAACUGUUAAUAAAAAAGUUCUCUAUCAAUUAACAAGCUUUAACUAAUUGUUCGGCUAUAAGUGCGAAUUCACCGUGCUCAAUAUGUAUUUUUUGGCAUUGCUUGCGUUCAUUGGAAAUGCCAAAGAUGGUAACGCGGUGAGCUCUAGCCUCAUACCCGGCGGACACUGCCGGGACUACAAUGGCAAGCUGUACGAGACGGGAAUGCACUAUAUGCCCGGGCCGGACUCCUGCCGGCUGUGCAUCUGCGACAGCGGUCUGCCCAAGGCUUGCAAGAUGGUGCUGUGCGAGGCGUUCAGCAAGUGCAAGUCCUUCCAGACGGUGGGCAGCGGGAACAACUGCUGUGAGGUGAUCUGCCUGGAUGAUCAGUUCAGCGAUGGGAGCACGGACUUUGGCAUUUGACUGGUGGCCAGUG